GUAAUGCUUCCGGGGUAGGGCGGGGCGGCGCGGCGCGGCGCAGGAGGGCCGCCGAGAUGCCGGACUACCUGGGCGCCGACCAGAGGAAGACCAAGGAGGAGGAGAAGGAGGAUAAACCCAUCCGCGCAUUGGAUGAAGGGGAUAUUGCCUUGCUGAAAACCUAUGGCCAGAGCACAUAUUCAAGGCAAAUCAAGCAAGUAGAAGAUGAUAUUCAACAGCUGCUUAAAAAAAUCAAUGAGCUUACAGGAAUCAAGGAGUCAGACACUGGCCUGGCUCCCCCGGCCCUUUGGGAUCUUGCUGCAGAUAAGCAGACUCUCCAAAGUGAGCAGCCAUUACAAGUUGCGAGGUGUACAAAGAUAAUCAAUGCAGACUCCGAGGAUCCCAAAUACAUUAUCAAUGUCAAGCAGUUUGCUAAAUUUGUGGUGGAUCUCAGUGACCAGGUGGCACCUACUGACAUAGAAGAAGGCAUGAGAGUUGGGGUGGAUAGAAACAAGUAUCAGAUCCAUAUCCCCCUGCCUCCAAAGAUUGAUCCCACAGUCACCAUGAUGCAAGUAGAAGAGAAACCUGAUGUCACUUACAGCGAUGUUGGUGGUUGUAAAGAGCAGAUUGAAAAGCUGAGAGAAGUGGUUGAAACUCCUCUGCUUCACCCUGAAAGAUUUGUUAACCUUGGAAUUGAGCCUCCCAAAGGAGUACUUUUGUUUGGGCCACCUGGAACAGGCAAAACACUUUGUGCUCGUGCUGUUGCUAACAGGACUGAUGCUUGCUUCAUCAGAGUAAUUGGAUCUGAAUUGGUGCAGAAGUAUGUGGGAGAGGGAGCGCGAAUGGUUCGUGAACUCUUUGAAAUGGCUAGAACUAAAAAAGCUUGUCUUAUAUUCUUUGAUGAAAUUGAUGCCAUUGGAGGUGCUCGUUUUGAUGAUGGGGCUGGGGGUGACAAUGAAGUGCAACGUACCAUGCUGGAGCUGAUCAACCAGUUGGAUGGGUUUGAUCCACGAGGCAACAUUAAAGUGCUGAUGGCAACAAACAGACCUGACACUCUGGAUCCAGCACUGAUGAGGCCCGGGAGGCUGGACAGGAAGAUAGAGUUCAGCCUGCCUGACCUUGAGGGAAGAACUCAUAUAUUCAAGAUACAUGCUCGUUCCAUGAGUGUUGAAAGAGACAUCAGAUUUGAGCUGUUAGCUCGACUGUGUCCUAAUAGUACAGGAGCUGAGAUUCGCAGCGUCUGCACAGAGGCAGGCAUGUUUGCCAUCCGAGCACGUCGAAAAAUCGCAACGGAGAAAGACUUCUUAGAAGCUGUCAACAAAGUCAUUAAAUCGUAUGCGAAAUUCAGUGCUACCCCCCGCUACAUGACCUACAACUAAAACCUUGGAAGGUUUUUCCUAUUUCUGUUGUUACACUUUCUGUGAAACAAAAAGUCCACGUGUAGUAAUUCAUACCUGGUUUGUGGAAACUAGAAAUAAAUGGAAUAUUCCAAACAA